AUGGAUUUUUUCGAGGAUAACAAUCCAUUCGGGGACCAAAACCCAAAUCGUUUAUCGGAAUCUAGUAAACACUCAGAAGAGCAAUCGGCAUCUGCGACACAGCAGAAUCAAAACGAAAAUGAUGAUAAUAUAGCUUGGAACCUAAAAGCUAGCUUGGAGGAGAAGGGAAGGAAAGCUACGUUCUGGAAAGAUUCCAAUGUCAAAGAAGAUGAUCUUCCCAGCGCCAUUUUCAUAACAGGUGCCGUAAAAGCAGAACGAGGGAACCAUAUUGUUUAUAAUAUAAAAGUAAAUAAUUCUGAAGUACAGAGACGAUAUUCUGAGUUUGCAUCUUUACGAGUGCAAUUCGAAAGAUUAUAUCCCACAUGCCUAGUGCCUGUUUUGCCGGAUAAGCAUAAAAUAAUGGACUAUGUAUUUAAUAUGACUAAAUCACAACGGACAACUCGAUUACUUGAAGAGCGGAAACGACUGCUUCAAUCAUUUCUAAGAAGAGUCGCGCUACAUCCAAGACUUGGAAAAUCAGAUAUAUUUUUCAAGUUUUUAAGUCGACACGUGUCGUGGAAUGAUGUUUUACAUUCAGCUCCCAUAAGCUUGCUUCCCAAGGAUUCAUUAAAAGUACAUCCAGAAAAUCCAGCUUCGAACGAAUACACUGAUACUUAUUCAAGACUUCCAGUGCCCUCCAAAAUGUCUCUUCCCGUUGAAUCUUAUGAUGAAGUAAGCCGAAGUUAUUUGUCUCUAGAAAACUCCUUGAGAAAUUACUCCGUAAACCUACAGGAGCACCUCUCUCGGAUUAAUCGAGGCGUUUUUUCGAUUUCUCAAAUGUCCUUAGCUUGUUCUAAUUUAGGUGCAACUUUUAAUGCACUUUCUUUAUCGGAAACUGCUCAAUUGAUGGCCGCUUUGGAAAAGGUUGGACAAGCCAAUGAUCAAACUUGUCUAUCAGGGAUUGAUUUCAUACAUGGGUUGGUGGUAGACGCCAUAGAGCCGCUUUCUGAGGUAUCCAAAUCUGCAAAGAGUAUGCGCCAUAUUAUCAUAUUUCGUCGAAUGAAAUAUAUUCAGAAUGUAGUCGUGAAAGAUUUGUUACGAAAAAAAAGAGGACUUCUUAAUCAGCUAGAAAGGCGUGAACAACAGGCAAGUCGAUUGCAAUCGGCCAUUGAAGGAAACGACGGAGUCUUAGAUGACGAAACUCGUAAUCUCUUGGAAGCGUCGAAAUCCGCAUCACAAUCACUUUAUGGUCCUGAACAGCAACGAGAUGGUCUAAACGGAAGAAAUCGUCCAUUACUUUCAGACUUACAUGAAAACUUUGGCCAAGCAUUAGGAAAUGAACAUGAAGUGGAUGAACAGAUCGAUUCCGAACGCAUCCAGGAAUACGCACGAGAGUUAGCGAAUACGCAGCAUCAACAAAGUGAGGUUGCUUCUUCUGAAACCUCUGUCUCUACGGUUUUGCUACCACGUAAAGUUCGUGAUGUGUUUGAUCAAAUUCGGUUUGCUUUUAAUGGGCUAGCUGACAAUAACGUUGAAGCAAACCGUCAUAACUCAAUGGGGUGGACGAUAGAGAGUAUUCAUCAUUUGGAAACAAUGGCGGAGCUUACUAGCAGAGACCUCGAAUUUGUAACUGCAUCCAUUGGAUCAGAGUAUGAGCGCUACAAAAGAAUUCACCAAGAGGAUAUGUCAACGGUUUGUAACAAGUUUGCGGAUCGCCAUAUAGAAUGGGCGGAUAGGAACAUACGUGCAUGGAGAAAUAUACGGCAGGAUCUGACUUCCAAUGUUAUGUAA